AUGGCUCCUGUUAGAAACGGACGCGUUCUGUUUAACGAGAUCCCUACCAGUAGAUGGCAGUCACCUUUAUUCAUCAUGAGAGCAAGUCUGACCAUGAUCCCCGUGGGCUCCCAGACCAUCGACCUUGAGAAUGCGCCCCUCGAGGGUGGUUUUCUCGUCAAGACUCUUGUGCUUUCCAUCGACCCGUACAUAAGAAGCAGGAUGCGCGACUCGAGCAUCACAGGCUAUUUGGCAACCACCUCUACGAUUUUUACCAUACGUAUUAACGCGGUCAUACUUUGUACAUCUUGUCAUGAUGUUUCCCCUUCGUAUUGUAUUGUUGCCGCCGCAAUAGCCUUCCAAGAAUACUUUGUUGCCAAGGAUGCGAGUGUCUUCCACAUGCUGGAGAAUAAGGAGAAGCUUCCGUGGUCCAUAUACAUUGGGGUCUUGGGCAUGCCAGGUCAAACUGCGCAUCACGGAUGGAGGGAAUUUGCUCAUGCGAAGAAGGGAGACGUGGUGUUCGUUACUCCUGGAGGAGGUCCCAUUGGGGCUACCGUGAUCCAGCUUGCGAAAGCUGAGGGGCUUCAAGUCAUCGCAUCCGCUCAUUCUGAGAACAAGAUUGAGUUUAUCUGUUCGAUCGGUGCAGAUGUCGCGUUCAACUACAAAACGACGAAGGCGCUAGAUGUGCUUCAGAAGAACGGCCCGAUUAACAUCUAUUGGGACAAUGUAGGUGGUGAGACGCUCGAAGCGGCACUCGAAGCUGCUGCCGUUGGUGCUCGCUUCAUCGAAUGCGGUAUGAUUUCGGCUUACACCGCCAGCGAGCCUUACAUCGUGAAGAACCUCGUCCAGAUCAUCGCCAAGCAGCUGCGCGUCUCCGGAUUCAUCGUUACGUCUCUAGACGAUAAAUGGCUCGUGGACUUCCACAAGGAGUUUCCUCCCAAAGUUGCGAGCGACCAGAUCAAGUAUAAGGAAGAUGUCAGCAAGGGGCUCGAGUCGGCUGGUCAGGCAAUCCUGGAUGAGUUGACGGGGAAGAACAAGAAAAAAUAG